AUGGAUAGCCAUCUCUCUGCUGCGGAAGAGCGCUCUCUGGAAGGUGACGAUGAGUUUGUUCAGCCUCCGGCUGCUGCUGUUAACCCUCCACCUGCCGCUGUUCCCCCUCCACCUGCUGCUGUUCCCCCUUCACAAGAAACCUUCACUCAGACUUCAGUGGCCCCUACUGAGCCCCUAGUAGUCCCUAUUCAGCCCCUCACUUCAGCGGCCCCUAGUGAAUCCCUAGUAGUCCCUAUUCAGCCCCCAGCACCAGCUCUCAUUCAGCCUCCAGGGCAACUCGUGGAUGCCAACAAUGCUCCAGUGGAGAUCUGGCAACAAGUUCCUCUUGACCUGCAACUCAUUGCUGAUGAUGGCAGCCAACUUGUGUUUGUUCAGCCUCCGGCUGCUGCUGUUAACCCUCCACCUGCUGCUGUUAACCCUCCACCUGCUGCUGUUCCCCCUCCAGCUGCUGCUGUUCCCCCUCCACCAGAAACCUUCACUCAGACUUCAGCAGCCCCUACUGAGCCCCUAGCUGUCCCUAUUCAGCCUCCAGCAGCUGCUCUCACUUUAGCGGCCCCUACUGAACCCCUAGUAGUCCCUGCUCAGCCUUCAGCAGCAGCUCUCAUUCAGCCUCCAGGGCAACUCGUGGAUGGAGUGGGGCAACUCGUUGGUGGAAUGGGGCAACUCGCUGGUGGCAUAGAGCAACUCGCAGCCAACAAUGCUCCAGUGGAGAUCUGGCAACAAGUUCCUCUUGACCUGCAACUCAUUGCUGAUGAUGGCAGCCAACUUGUGCCCGUUCGGCCUGGUGCUCCACUGCAGAGCAGACUCCUGAUGUGGAUGGGAGACGAUGUGCAGCCCCCCGUUCGGCCGGUGCAGCAGCCCCCCGCUCGGCCGGUGCAGCAGCCCCCUGCUUGGCCGGCGCAGCAGCCCCCCGCUCGGCCACCGCAGCAGCGCCCGUUUUGGCCGCAGCAGCGGCCCCCCGCUCGGCCGCCGCAGCAGCCCCCCGCUUGGCCGGCGCAGCAGCCCCCGUUUUGUCCACAGCAGCAGCCCCCGUUUUGGCCGGCGCAGCAGCCCCUGUUUCGGCCGCAGCAGCAGCCCCCUGCUUGGCUGGUGCAGCAGCCCCCCGCUGGGCUGCCGCAGGCCCCGUUUGGGCCGCAGCAGCAGCCCCCCUUUCGGCCGCAGCAGGACCCCAUUCGGUGUGGGUACUUCAUGGACCAUGGACUUUGUGUCCGUGGAGAUUGUCCACUGUUGCACCCGCCUGAAUUUGCAUUACAGCGUAGUGAGCUUUUAUAUGAUCCACAGAAACCACUGUGUGAUUUUUUUCUGGCGCGGCGAUUUUGUCGCAAGGGUAGGUUGUGCAAGCUGCACCAUCCCUAUUCGGUAGGGAUGGUUAAUCCGCAUGUGCGUCUCAACGCACAGUUUUUACCGCUGCGCGAUGACGCAGAAGAAUGCCCAUACACCGCACGAGGUCUUCCAUGCUAUGCGGGUAUCUACUGCCAGUUCCACCAUCCGGAGCCUGGCAAUCAUUAGUUACCUGCGGAGUUGUAAAACUGUACCUUACUAUGUUUGUUUUUGCUUGAAUACCUAGAACAUUACUAUAAACAUGUAAAACUGUACUUAGAAUAUUAACAAUGUAAAUCUGUAGUUAGUGAGGUGCUUUGUCUGGAAAUGUUUUUCCUGUAGUGUUAUCUUUACAGUUCUUAAAUUCUCUUUUCACCUUUCUGCUAUUUGUUUGAAACUGGCAUUAAGUUUUUGUGUUUGUUCGUUUUU